AUGGAAUUUGUAGAAUUAGAGCCGGAAAAGGAUGCUAAUGGAAAUUAUAUCACAAUGGAGAAAUCAAGCAAGCGUAAAUGGAUGCAAUCUGUAAAUGGCAAGAUUCGUGUCGGUCCGGAAUACCAAGCUAUGAUUCCUCCAUUUUGUCGUAUUAGCGAUCCUUCGAGAACGGUCCAAGUAGUUGAGCGUAUUGUUGAGCCUGAGGACUACAAUAUUUAUAGCUAUGAAGCUACUAAUGUGGUAGAAGAUAAAAUUCCAGAACCACGUGACAAGUCUGAAUCAACCCCUGAAUCUAGGGAUAAAUCUCCAAAUCCUCUAUUAGUUGCAGAAGAUUUCCUUAUUUCACAUUAA